AAAAAAAUCACGGAGCGAAGGUUUGAAAAUCUGUUAGGAAAGCGACUCGAAAACAUUGUGCGUUACUUUGUUUAGAGACAGUUUAACUGGGAAUGAAAACAUUAUUAACAGUUAACUUAAUUAACCAGUCAGAUUUCAUUUUUGUCGUCUAGCUGUACAUACAGGGCCCAUUGUGCAUCACUUCACGUAAAUGUGCACUUGUGGAUUAUGGCAAUAAAGCGCAAAAUUGAAUUUAAGAUUUCGCGUUAUCGUCAGUUAUUCCGUAGCUCAGUGUAUUUACAAAACACGCCCUUUCUGAUAUAAUUCUUACACUAGCGACUUUUUAAUGGUCGUUAGUAAGUAGAUGUUUGGAAAAUAAUUCCUUGAAACCUCGGCUUCCUUCCUUUUCAUUACCAACAGUCGUUCUAGUCGGGUGUUGCGUCGAAUGAAAUUAUGAAUUUAAAAAAAUAUCUCGCGGUAAAAUCUUUUUUUAUAUUCGUAAUUGUAGUUCCAUUAGUACAAGGAGGGAAAAACUCUGAUGAGAGGACAGAUAUUGCUAGGGUAGGGAAGACGAGAAGGAAUAAGAUGGCUCAAAAAACAGCCGUGGGUACAUUUUCGAAUGUGAUCACCCAAAUCCAGAACCUGCCGACUAUGGACCUGGGUAGGAAGUUUAGAACACCUUGUAAAACUGGGAAUCGAUGUGGGAAGGUGAUCAAAAGACUCAUGGUGCCAAAACUGGCUCAACUGGAGAACACGAUCAUGGGAAUUAUGAAGGAGCUGGCGAAAAUGCCCCCAGGGUCUCGUCUUCCAGACAAGUUCACGAAGACCGAGCCUUCCAAGUUGCUGUUUGACCAGAACUACAAGGAGGACGUCUGCAUGGAUAAACUUGAGUCAUGCCUAAAGGAAGACAAGCGACGAAAACGCAUACUUAAGAAGCUGUUCUUCAAGAAGUACAACUCGCUGCGACAGGAGCUGAUCGGCUACGGCGGCAGAAGACUUUGGGGCGGGGAAGGCAAUCUGUUCUAUAAAAGAUAGACGUAGUAGUUAGUUUUGGGUGGACGAUAGUUGUCUUUUAGUAAAAUACUGAAGGAGCCUUGUGUAAAACAUGAACCAU